GGGUUCUACACCUUCAAGCUCAAGCUCCAAUCGUCACAGCGCAAUUGGAUCCAUUAAAUCCACUAAAUCAUCCACUGGAUCUAUUAGUCCUCUACAACCUCGUCGCCAAUUCAACUACGCUUACAGCCCUCAAGCUGCAACAUCUACUACCACUCAUAGGUCAUGGAACUUUUACGAACAUAGUUCUCCUAGCUAUGCUAAUUUUGAACUUGACGUAUUUAAUUCUCCCUCUCUUCCCAAGAAUUUCCUCCCUUCCGCUGCUCUAGCCAAAAACCUCAAUCGAAGUAUUACUCUAUCUCGUGAAGGCGAUCAGGACGAUCCUUUUAUUUCGCCUAAACCUCGUGGGUUCUCCCACGUUGUUGACGUUGUUGACCAAAGAGAGGAUCCUUUUGGCGAAUCGGACGACCCCGAAGAUCUAUAUGAAUCUGACAACUCCGACGAUUCAGACGUGACCAUUACCCCUAGCUCGUACGCUGCCAGCGUAUCUUCUCGCACUUGCAACUACCGGGGACAGCCUCUUCCCUUAAUUUUCAACAGCAACUCGAAGACUUUGGAAUCGAAUAUCACCGAAAAGAUGGCGCCGAAUUACGUCGCAAAGAACGGGACCACCGACUCUCAGACACUUACUGCUGGCCCUCACCUAGGAACCAUCAAAGUCGGCCAUCAGUAUAUCUGCGAGUGUCAUAUCCGCCGCAUGUUCGCCGAGAAACGAUUGGAUGUUGCUAGGGAGGCUAAUUACCGUCUUCAAGGCGUUCAGUUGAUUGAAUCUACCCGAGAGGCACUUCUCCUGCCGGUUAGGACCUUCAACGCCGCGUGCACUUUCUAUCAUCGAUUCCGUCUCGAGCAUCCUACCCAUGAUUACAACUACACAGACGCUGCUCUGGCUUCUCUAUUUGUGGCUUGCAAGGUCGAAGACACGCUGAAGAAGUCUCGCGAGGUUUUAUGUGCUCAUCACAACCUCAAGAACCCAGACCAUCCAACAACUCAAGAUGACAAGAUCUUUGAUCAGCCGUCUAAAGUUAUAAUUGGGAUUGAGCGAUACAUGGUUGAAGCUAUUAGUUUUGAUUUCCGCGUUCGCUACCCUCAGAAAAUUCUUGCCAAGAUCGUGAAGAAAGUCCUCGGAAGUUCCGCUGACUUGACAAGCUUCUUCCCGACUGCAAUGAAGAUGUCUAUCGACUUGUAUAAAACCUAUGCGCCACUAAAGCACGCUUCAUUUACUUGUGCUCUGGUAUGCGCACAACUUACUGCAAGGCUUACAGGCCAGUUUGUGGAUGAAUUCCAAGGACUUGAUCCGCUUGAUUGGCACACAGACGAGCAAUGUGUAGCCGAGGUAAUGCUUGAUCUUCUUGACCUCUAUACACAGCAUGGCAAGGUCACUAAAGUCGGACCUAUGUUUGACCUGCAAGUUUUCAUCGACACUCAGAUCAGCGUCAACCAGUUUAUUGAGCGCGCUGGACUUUCACGCUACGUGAAUCAGUGCAGAGUGUGUGAAACUGCCGCAUUACCUCCCACACCGUCAACGGGCUCACCCAUGUCGCUAAGCACACCUUCCGCUGCGGGUACCAGUACUGUUAAGCGUGGGCCUAAAGGGUCUGACGGCGGUACGACGCGAUUUAUCUUUGAAGCCGACGAAGCAGUGAGAGAGAAGAAGAUCUACGACGAGUACACUAAAGAUGAGUGGGAAGAAUGGGAAGAAGAAAUCGAGGAACCGAUCCCGGAUCCUCGUGAAGACCGUCGCCAUGAGCCUCGCGGUCCCAGGGGACCUCGUGGCCACGGCCGCGGUCACGGACGUGGUGGUUUUGACCCAGGCUGGACUCCUCGCAACCGACACGACCGUCGUCGUCGCGGGGGUGGCUUUUACUAACUAACCUAUCACAAUAGCAUCAUUUUUUUAUGGGAAAGGGGUUUUCGGAUUGCGCAUAUGGAUCUGGAAAAGUUUUCAGGGUGGUAAGCUCGGUUGGAGCUGUUACGUGCAUUAUUCGACGGAGUACGGAUUGAUACCCUAUCUGGAAUUUGUGUUGCGGCAACGCAUUUGCAACCGCCACUUUUCGGCGACUCAUACGGCAUAGGCGCAUGCAGUAUGAAUACUAUUAUGGCUUUAACGGUGUUGACUGUAUUUGUACAAAACUUAAGACUUAGGUCUAGGUGCCUGUAGUCACCAACUACACGCGGUCUCCUCAUGUAUGAGGAGGUAUCUAUUGAAGAGGUUCUAGAAUGCUUCGUCUAAUUGAUACUGCGUAAAUUACUUCGCACUUUCUUAUGAU